AUGGACUACAGUCAAGGAGACUUAAUCUAUUUUGCUCUGACAUGCAAGAUUUUUCUUCUUGUUCUGCAGGUGGUUUCUAAUGCCCUAAUUCCUGACCAUGAUGCUGAAGUUUUCAAUCCUUUUAUCGAGGAAGAUGCACCAGUCAAUUUUGCAGACACUUUGGUUGAUAUCUUGUUUGCAGGACUAAGACGAUGGGAUGCUGUAUAUUUUCUUCACAUUGCUGAACAUGGAUACACUUAUGAGAACUGUCUUGCUUUUUUCCCACUUUUUCCCCUGACUGUUCUUACCAGACUCAUGGCUUCCAGCUCUCCUCUUAUUUAUUGGUUUUCAGCAUAUUUAAUGACAAAACCAAUCAAUAAUGACCAAAGUCAAUUACUUAUUAGCCAGAAAUUUUCUCCUGUGAUUAAAAGACUCUACAUUAUUUUGCAAGAACAUCUUUGGAAGAAUUCCUCAGUUGCCUCCAAAUUAAUCCUUACUUACUUUAUAGCAUAUAGUAUCAUUGGAACAAUGGCUUUCUCAAAUUUUCUUCCAUGGACCUGA